GGCAGCAUUCAUCACUUCCCUCAGCACAGCGGCCACACAUCUGACGCAUCUGCCUGUACAUGUCGCACUGAGGCAGGCAGGCAGGCAGGCAGGGAGAAAAGAGCUUGAUCAUUGAAGUUGGAUGCAACCAUCGGCCAUUCACAUUCACACAGCUCAUUCCAAACACAGACAGCUGGAGCCGAUCACAGUGGCCCCGCCGGUUUAAUUUCUACCGACUCACAGACAACACGCACGACCACAUCCUUAUAGUUUGUCCAUCUACUAAUUCCUUCAUUUGGCUACACAGAGACUUGAAAAACAACACAGACACCCGAAAAAAGCCACUAAUGAAUGGUCUGUCUGUUUGUCUGUUUGUCUGUCUGUCUGUCUAGCCGCAUGCAUGAACGUCAGGCAGCCAUCCAUCCAUCCAUCCAUCCAUCCACGCAGCUAUGGAGAUGUCUACACACAUAUCUACAGCUCAUCUUUGCUUCCUUUCUGUCCUCCAUCGCCCUCCCCCGGCCGCAUCCCCUCGUCAAGCGCACCGAAGCCGUCAUGGUCACUGUGCCCGUUGUGCGCAUCUCUGAAGGCAACGAGGAACGUCUCAGCGGGGCUUGAUCGGAACUUGCUCGACCUGGCCCAGAAGACCAGAUUCUGUCUGCGGCCGCUCUCCAAGGGGUGUGCGCCGUGCCAGUGCUGCCCCACGUGCAGCAGCGCUCCUCCAGGCAGGUGAGCCACCGACGGCUGGCGGGCCUUCUCGUCCUUCUCGUGUGGGUGGUCUCUCUGGCCUUUGAAGUAGACCUUGCCGCCGGUGAAGGUCUCGUCGCCCAGACAGAUAUUGAGUGUAACCUCGGACAGAUCCAUGUGUUUGUCGAGGUGGAUGUCCUCCUUGGCCGAGUAGGCUAUGGUGAAGGCGUGAUGGCUGUCGAGCGAAGAGCCGCCCCAGUCGGGAAACGCCGCACUGGCCAGUGGGCGGACGACGGAGGUCAUCAGGCCGUCGAGCCACUCCCGCAUCCCGAGCUCCUCGAGCACAAAGCCGUAGUUGUUCAUCGUGUUGGGCCGCGUGAAGUUGAGCUGCCCGCUCUGCUGCUGGUACGCGUGGGAGAGUUCCUCGGUGAUCAGUCGCCUGAACGUCGGCGUCAAGACCUCUGGGAUGUAGUAGACAUCACUGGCGCCCUCCACCGGCUGAAGCGCCGCCAUGACGGCCUCGUUGCUGCCACUGCUGAGCGCGCCUCUCAGGUCAGCCGAUAUGUCCCGCUCGUAGUCGAAGUGGCGCAGCUGCUCGUGCAGGGGCUGGUACUGGGCGGCGAUGAGGGCCUUCUUGUCUUCAAGAGCGGCCUCUUCCUCUGACCUGUGGUGGGCCUCCUUCCACUGUCUGUGCUUGGCCAGGCUGCGCAGGUGGGAUGACGGGAGGGGCGGGGAGCCGCCUUGUUCAUCGUCGGUGUGUCUGGGGGUCAGCAAGAUGUGGGUCUGCCGCUCCGUGAGCGGCACGCCAGCAGGGGUGACGAGCCGGAAGGUCAGCUCGUGGAAGCCCUGCUUCAGAAUGAUGCUGUCAUCGAUCACCACCUGCACGCAUCCACCCAUCCAUCCAUCCAUCCGUCAGGCAUGAGAGCAUACAGGCUGUGGUCGGCCGACCUGCUGUGUUGGGUGUCUGUCGGCUGCUGGUCGUUGUGCCUUUGCCCGGCAUUCACUCGCGUCGCUCCUGGUGGGGCAGAAGGCGUGCUUGUGGACUGACUUGUGGGGCGUGGGCGGCACAUCGUACAGCCAGAUGUCCGAAUAACCACCUGAGUGACAAGAGAAAGACAGACAGGGAAGAAGACGCGAAUCAAUCACACGCACACUAUGGUGCAUCCAAUGGCCAUUUUCCCGUCCACGGCUAUUCACCUGAUCUGACGGCGACCUCCAGAUGUGCGCCAUGCGGCACACUGAGCCCUCUCUCCAGCCGCACUACAAUCGGAACGUGUCGGCCCAGCCCAGGAACAUCUCGGAUGACCUCGAACGGUCGCGGAUGAAUGAUCUCCAUGUUGGCGCCAGCGGACGAGGCAAGGUGGACGAGAACCCACAGGAUAAGCACCAUACAGCAGGAAAGGCCCAUGGAAUUGUCGUCUUUGCUGCAAUCUUCACUGGCGUGCCAGCGUGGAUGCUGCACAGAUCCACGUAAGUCUACUCUUGCGUGCGCACCGGAUGACGUGGGAAUGAUUG